AUGCAUUUCUCCAAGAUCAUCACUUCAGGGCUCCUCUUCACCCUGUCUUCUGUGGCUAUCGCUGCCCCAAACCCUGACCCUCUUGAGGGCCGCAUUGCAGAGCUAGAGCGCCGCACCGAAGGGCUGGUCGCUCGCGCUGGUUGGACCUGUGCUUUUGGUGGCAACAAAGCGUGCCAGGCGAAGUAUAUAGAUGUUGAGUACGACUGGGUGGCAGGCUUUAAUCCUGGGCGAAAGUUUGAGCACCAGCUCUACAUGGGCAUGAAGCGUUGCGGCGAGUCGCCGCCUCCGGACGAUAUUAGGAUUCAGUUCACGAAAAUAUCACAGGAGCAACAUUCGCACGAGCUGAAUGUCCCUUACGACUAG